AGAAGCCACAUACGCUUUUUCGGCUUAUUUGGUUCGGUAACUCGGACUUAUUUCAUUGGGCCAGCCAAUUUUGAUAUGUCCCCCAUAAUUUUUCUUUUCCCCAAAGAAUUAUUACUUGUUUUACUUAGAUUAGAUUUUUGAUACUUUUCAAGCUGACAGUUUUCUUGUGUUUACAGACAGUAACGUUUUAGCAUUUUUAUUAUUACAAUGGCCUCAACUCCUUCAGCUUCGGCUUUAUCGGCUGUUCUUCGCUGCAGGGGAAAUAUAUUCGCUCGCAACCAGGCAAACAAGAAGCGGCCUGGAAGCGGGUACAGCCUCGGGCCCAAGUGCGGGGCGAGCGGCGAGCCGGCAGCGUCCAAUGCGAGCGUGGACUUGCGUCAGCCCCGGCUGGAGUGGAGAGCGUUACUUUUCGGAGGAUACGCCGAGGUCAGAGACGGGAUAUCCGUGGUUAUCCGGUGGGAGCUGCUCACCGACAGAUCCAGAGAUGCCGGGGCUUCGGUGAGCGGCCGCCACGUGCGGACGGAGGCGCAGGUUCCCUGCAGCCGGUCCGCGGCUGCGCCGGCGUCCAACGGGCGGAGACGUGCUGAACCGUGCAGCCGGGGAUCUGGCUUCGCGGAGACGGUUUUGGUCGCUUUAGGGUCUGGGAAAAGCACUCCACCGAAGGAAACAAGAGGCGGCAGGCUCGCGGGAGCUAUUCUGGGUCAGUCAGCACCCAAGGCAUGCUUGUUUGUACAGUGUUUGCUGAAAUCAAGGAGAUUCGGCAACGACUACGGGCCGCCGGUGAUGCUCCGCGCCGGCUGGCCGUCUCUGAAGAGCGUCUGCACGCUUCUCACCGCCCCGCUGUCGGAUAUCCUGCGCAGACGAUUUAUAAUUACAGAUGGAUCUCGGUGCAUCCAAGGUGCAUCCAAGGUGGACGAUCAAAGGGCGACUUUUGCCAAAAGUCAAGACCCAUGCAGCAGCUAUAACAAUUGUCACACGGUAAUCGGUUUUAAUGGAAGACGUCGCCCUACUAGUUUGGAAGUAGAAGAAGGAUCUCCAAAACCCACAUCCUGCCCCAAAUCCUCUGCAGUCUCUGGAAAAUGAGGACUUCAGUUGUUUGGGACACCGUGCUGGGAUGCGAGGGGAAUCCGCGCUCUUCUCGGCUCCUGUGACGUGUUUGCCGGCCCUCGGGGGGGUUCCGUUGAUGUGUCCAGCUCAAAGUACGCGCUUUAAUCCAUAAGACAAAAGGCUAUUCCGCUAGUUUUCUGCCAAAAGCCAUUGCAUCAUAAUAUUUAUUUAGCAGACCUUUUGUUCAUACAAGUUGCAUGGCAGGUUUAUGCAUUUUUUUUUUGCACAUUUUAUGAAAUAGCUACGUGUAGAUCAUAACGAACUUUAAAAGUUCUCGCCAAGAUUUUCUUAAAUCUUUAAGUUAAAAAACAGCAUUUUUAAUGUAAGACCAUCGAGUAUUACAUCAACAGAAUAUUUUUAUUUAAAAGUUAAAAUGUAAUACACAUAUGUCAUUGUGACAAGAUGUAUUCAGCUCAGUAUUUCUGUGCUAAAUAUGUAAGGAAAAGUUUUUGUUCCAUAAGCCAUUUGAAUUAUGAGGAUAAGCAGUCACCGUUUAUGUAUUAAUCAAAGCUCUGUCUGUUCAUUAGGAGAAACGCUCCUCUCUUCUAAUAAUCAUUGGCUGCUAAAGUUCUCAGUGGUUAAGAUCAACUUUUAGUUGUAUAAUUGUUUUAAGACACUAAAAAGUUGAGAGCAUUAUGUGGCUUGGUAAAUAUCCUAUAUAACACAUCACUAUCCUUGAAUAUGGAUCAUACUCCUUUCCUGGGUCCCCCCCCCCGCUUCACUAUCAAUCCCACGACUGCCUCCUUGGGUCAGUGCUGUGGAAUGAGGGUGACAUCUGACGAGGUGAAGAUCUCAUAAGAGAGUGUCGAUCAUUGGGUCAAAUGUACUUUUUUUCAGUUUGACCUGUUAGCCAAAUCGUAUUAUAAUAAUGAUUUCGAUAAUUGUAUUGCCGGAUGUAAUCCUGCAUAAUGCUGACAGUAUGGAACUUUUUUGGAGGAACCUGAGAAAGUCUGCAUUGGAAGGGUGAGAGAUCCUAGGAUCUGCAUGUGUCCACAUUUUGCAAGAAUGGAAUAAUAGAGAAACAGUAUUAGGUUUUCAUUUCCAGGAAGCCUGGAGGCCUUUGUCAUGAUGCAUUCAUCUGUUCUAACAAAAACGGGUGUUUCUUUUUAACAACGUGUAAUUUAAAAGCGUGUAUGAACCUGUCCCAUUCUGUCAUUUUAUUUUGCAAGGUUCUCCAUUAAUGGAAAUGUAGGAAGUUGGUACAGUACUGUUAAUUUAUUUUUUAGAUGCUUUGCCGUUCUGUUAAGAAAAAAAUAAAUGUGUGGAUAAAGUAACUGAAAUCUACAGAAAGACAGAAAUACAGUCAUAAUGACCGCAUCAUUAAUAUGGGAAAAUACCACAUUGAACCACCGCCACAAAAGGGGAUUUUGAUUAUUUGUCACAUUUCUAAAAGUGAUGAUGAUGGUUAAUGAUCAAAUCAUGUUAAUGAUACAAGAAAUCAGUGGAAUUUUUUGUAGAAUGUUAUUGCGCAAAAUGCUUUGAAAUAUAUUUUAGAAAUUAAAAGUCAAAUUCAA